CUCGGGCAGAAGCGAAAAAUUGCGCUAGUGCCCAGUGCUUGCUUACCACCAUCGCUUUCGCGUCCCCCACGUCGUGUCGGCGUCACUCGGAGAGGAGAAGCAAUGGCUGCAGCUCUGUCCCGUGCCCUCAAGCUGCCCGGGAAGAAGGGCUCAGACCUCGGGGAGUACGACCCUCUCACCCAAGCCGACAGUGACGACGAGAGCGAAGAGGAUGACCUCGUGCUCAACUACCCCAGAAACGGUCUGGGCAGGGACGGCUGCCUGGGCUCAGGGUCCUCGAAGCUGCGGGGCGGGCGGUCGGGCAGGCACGUCGGCGCCCCCGACGAGGUGCAGGACGAAGAGGAGGAGGAGGAAGACGAGUGGACGGACCAACUUUCCAGGAAGGGCAGGGACAACCUGAAGGGCGGCCAGUACUGGAGCCACAGGGACUCGGGAACAGGGGAGGACAGGGAAGGAACCGGGACGUCUGGGAGCGCCGGGCUGGGGGUCCACAGCGCCGAGGCAGAGCAGAAGAGGAAGAGAGUGAAAAAUGCGAUCCGGAGUGCGUUUUUCCUGGUGCCUCUGGCCUGUGCCACGUUGAUUGCGCUGCUGUGUGCGUUUCUGCUGCCCUGCCAGAAGGCGGAGCUGGAAAAGAAGCUGCAGUGGGAGAUAGCACUGGGAGAUGGAGGAGGCAUCACUCCGCCCGCACUGGCUUUAUGGGAUGUCGACGGUGAUUCAGUGGAGGAUGUGCUUCUGGGUGUUACUGAAGGGACCAAUGGCACGCACGCAACACAAAGGAGCAAAAUUUACAGCGCGGUGGCCGUCUGUGCCGUCAGCGGACGCGUGUUGUGGAGGAAAGUCAUGAAUGAGUCUGUGAUGUACAUCCAGUGCGGUCUGCAUCACGGCACUCAGCCGUCGCCUGUUUGCCUCAUCAUCGGGAAAUCCAUCCUGAUGGCCGUCAACGGCACCACAGGGAAGAAGCUGUGGCUGGUCGUCCUUAGGAACAUUGAAUCCCGGGCAGUGCUACUCCCUGACAUCCAGGGCGACUCGGUCCACGAUCUGCUGGUAGCUACUCUGCCUGCUGAUGAGACAUUGGAUUUGUCUCUGACUUUGAUCUCUGGACUGACGGGAAAGAGAAUUGGACAUCCUGUCCCCUUCAACCUCACAGGACAAGGAAAGCUCAUCGGUCCUUUGCUCCAUGAGACACAGAUAGGAGCAUUCUACAUCCUGUUUGGACUAGGUAACGUCCAGGCCAUUUCUUUGCAAGACGUCCUCUUUGGUGCCCUGGGCAGAGUGCCCAAAACUCAUUCUGUCGGGAGGAAGGAUAUGAGCUGGGAAAACCUGAAGAAAACCAACGGGUCCUCCUUUAUUCAUAUUUACAGAGGGUCAGAGCCUGUGGAGUUCCUGCUCCCUCUUGUGGCUGGUCUUGGAAACAACCGCAACAGUCUGGACAUAGUUUCCAACCUGAACUCGACCAGAAGCGACUGGGUGUUGGUUUACGGAACCAGCACGCUGUCCGUGCUCAGACACCAGGACUUGCACAAAGCGUGGACUUUCAGCUCCGCUCAUAUUCACAGUCAGCCAGCUUUGGGGAACUUCAACAACGAUGGAGUCCUGGACCUUUUUGUUCAGCAUUCUGCAAACGGCAUCAUGACAGCACUGAUUAUUAACGGGGCAAAUGGCACCCUCCUCUGGAAGGCCGAGUUUGUGUGUCCUCGUCUCGUUUUGGAGGCCUCCGCUAUAUCGACCUCAACUGGCCAAUCAGCUUUCCUUUUCUGGGCCAGCGACCCAAUCAAAACGCAGAGGAACGUUGCCAGAGCAACAAUGGCACCGGGCGUCGCUGCAGCGGAGCCGCUCAUCAGGAAGCUCUUCCUGAUCCAUCCUGCUCAUCCCACAGUUCUGCUGCAGCUCAGCAGCACAACGGACACAGCUGUCACAUCUGCAGUGAGUUACCUGGAGCACCUGAAAGACGCCACCUACAUCACCGUGUCCUCCAGGCCGAUGGCCGACUCAGAGCCCAGCACUCGGAUAGUGGAGAGCAUGAGCCUCAGAGCCGCCAUCAAGAGAGGACAAAUCAUCCAGCUGGGGGGGGGAGAGAAAACCGAGGCGGCCGGUAAACUUGCCGCGCUGGAGGCGAACAACUUCUUCAGGCGUCUCACCUUCAAGCGUCAGGGAUGAGCUCUGGUACCACAAGCUGGCGUCACGAGGAGCCGGAGAACCUGGAUGUCGUGUGGGGGAUGGACGACAGACGUGAACGUUGCUGCACUAAUGGGUCACAAUUCACUUAAAGCUUGUUUACAUGCUGUUAGCUACGGUGAGAAGUUUUACAUUCUGUGAACUUUUUCUUUGAAAAAUGUUUUUGUCAUGCUGAUUUGUGUUGUUUUUAUCGUCAAAUGUCUCGUAACUUAUUUCCCUUUUUAGUAUUUAUUUAACUGAAGCAGAGCAACUUUUAUUCUGUAGUAGAAACACAAUAUGAUUGCUGCUAGAAGAAUUGAAUGCAUCACAUUUCUGGGUAUAGAUCUUCCAUAUUUACUGUGCUCAUGUCACAUGUUGUCAUAAAGCUACGUUCCUCUGCCUUCUCCUCAACACCAAGUUAUACUAGAGGGAGUCUGUAAAUAUUUAAUAAUGCAAAGUAUUUAUUUUCUGUGAUGCUUUUUGAUCGUUUUUUUUAAGGACUGGACGAUUGAGCAAUGUUUUAUUACGUGCUGUAAUAAGCUGGGAUAUUAAACAAUGGAAGUGGAAGUAAACCUGUACCUACA